GUUUGUAACCCUGCUCAAACUCCUGGCUCCUGAUCAUUUCAAUAUUAAUAAUAAUAACAGACUUCAUUGAGGGGAGCUCUGAACCCCAGGACUGGGUGCAGCAGCAGCAGCAGCAGCAGGGCUAGUGUGAGUUUGUAACCCUGCUCAAACUCCUGGCUCCUGAUCAUUUCAAUAUUAAUAAUAAUAACAGACUUCAUUGAGGGGAGCUCUGAACCCCAGGACUGGGUGCAGCAGCAGCAGCAGGGCUGUGCAGGAAUCCAUUCUGAGUCGACCCUGGAGUUAGUCCCCUGUAGAAACUUGUUUUGCAGUUUCCGCCCAGAUUUGAGUGAUGUGAUUGAUUCUGUCAGAAGAACUGGAAAGUCCUGUCUGUCUGUGCCCUGGGGCUCUGCGUUUUUCCCAUAAAUCUUCUUGUUGCAGGCAGCCAAUAGGGUGAUCUGACUGUCCCCUCCCCCUCCUCCAUCUCCUAUUCCUCUUAUCUGUGUUUCAAUGGGAGAAGUUCACAUGUGUAUUUUAUAUUACAAUGCUUCCCUAUGCUUUACCACACCUCUCUGUGCUUUACAAUGCUUCCCUAUGCUUUACCACACCUCUCUGUGCUUUACAAUGCUUCCCUAUGCUUUACCAUGCUGUCACUGUGCUUUACAAUGCUUCCCUAUGCUUUACCAGACCUCUCUGUGCUUUACAAUGCUUCCCUAUGCUUUACCAGACCUCUCUGUGCUUUACAAUGCUUCCCUAUGCUUUACCAGACCUCUCUGUGCUUUACAAUGCUUCCCUAUGCUUUACCAGACCUCUCUGUGCUUUACAAUGCUUCCCUAUGCUUUACCAGACCUCUCUCUGCUUUACAAUGCUUCCCUAUGCUUUACCAGACCUCUCUGUGCUUUACAAUGCUUCCCUAUGCUUUACCACACCUCUCUGUGCUUUACAAUGCUUCCCUAUGCUUUACCACACCUCUCUGUGCCUUAUCUAUAUAUUCCACAACAGCUAUCUGUUGUGAUCUGUAAUUAAAACGUUUUCUGAGUCCCUGAGAUCCAAUGUGAAUGGAGAGAGGCUGCAGUUCUGGGCUGUGUCCAGCAGAUGGCUCCCUUUGACUGCUGUUCUCAGAGCUGUGUCCCUCGAUUGUUCCCUGUCUGUCAAAACAGUCUGUGUCUGUGUGUGUGUCUCUGUGUCUGUGUCUCACUGUGUGUGUGUGUGACUCUGUGUCUGUGUGUGUGUCUCUGUGUCUGUGUCUGUGUGUGUGACUCUGUGUCUGUGUGUGUGUCUCUGUGUCUGUGUCUGUCACUGUGUGUGUGUCUCUGUGUCUGUGUUUGUGUAUCCCUCUGUGGAUGUGUUUUUCUGUUUUGUUUCUCUCUGUUGCACAGCAGUGUGAUCCAUUCCAGGUUUUACUACCAGCUUGAUCAGCCCCAGUGUGUCCAGGUAACAAGCUCAGGUGUGUCUGAUCAUUAAACUCCCAGUGAAACCAGGACUGGAUCACACUGCUGUGCGACAGUUUAUAUCCAGAGCAUUCAUACAUCGUUUAAUGCUGUCUGUCUUUAAAACAAAUAGCGCCUGAUAACUGGCCAGCUUGUUUGAAUUGUAUUGAAAACACGUUUUUAUUAAUUAGCUUGUUAGUCCUGCUCUUAAGAGACUUCUGGUCAUUUUUGGUCUAACGCAAGCUAGGGAACUUACAAUAAUAAUAAUAAUAAUAAUAAUAAUAAUAAUAAUAAUAAUCAUAAUAAUUUUAUUGACCCCUGCGAACAUCAAAGACUCUCAACCCCCCCCCAAAACAGCCCUAAGGCUUCGUUCCUCUUGUGGGAGACGGACACAGCGCAUUACAAUCCACGCUUUCAUUGCUGGGCUCCAGUACACACUGGACACACUGCAGGGCCUUGUGUGCCCCCCCCCCAGCCCCGCCUCACCGGAACACAAACGCAUUGUCUUCAGAACCCUGCCCCCGUGGUUCUGCUCCCGGAACAUUCUAAUCCCAGCCUGCCUCUGCGCGCGUGUGUGUGUGUGUGUGUGUGUGUGUGCGUGUGAUUACUGAACAGGCUGUGCAAACUACUCUGACCUGUUAUUAACCUGUAGUGUGUGAGAGAGAGAGAGAUAGAGAUGAGAGAGAGAGAGAUAGAGAUGAGAGAGAGAGAGAGAUAGAGAGAGAGAGAGAGAGAGAGAGAGAGGGAGAGAUAGAGAUGAGAGAGAGAGAGAUAGAGAUAGAGAUGAGAGAGAGUGUGUGUGUUGCUGUGUGUUUCUCUGUGUGUGUGUGUGUGAGAGAGGGAGUGUGUGUGUGUGCGUCUGUGUGUGUGUGUGAGAGAGGGAGUGUGUGUGUGUGCGUCUGUGUGUUUUUAUGUGUGUGUGUUUCUGUGUGUGUGUGUGUGUGUGAGAGAGAGUGAGGGAGUGUGUGUCUGCGUUUGUGUGUAUGUUUGUGUCUGUCUGUGUGUGUGUGUGUGUGUGUGUGUGUGAGAGAGGUAGUGUGUGUGUGUGAGUCGCUGUGUGUGUGUGUGUGAGAGAGGUAGUGUGUGUGUGUGUGCGUCUGUGUGUUUUUAUGUGUGUAUGUUUGUGCGUCUGUAUGUUUUUAUGUGUGUAUGUUUGUGUGUGUGUGUGUGUUUUACUGAAGUUUAUUUUUGUAAUAACGUCUUUGUUUAUUAUAACAAAAAAUCUUGGUAUGUUGGUGCCGGCCAAUCAGAACCCUCUGUCUGGUUCAGCGCAGCUCGUGUGUGGGAGGAAAUAGAAUGUCGGUGCCGGCCAAUCGGAAACCCUCUGUCUGGUUCAGCGCAGCUUGUGGGAGGGGAUAGAAUGUUGGCAUCAGCCUAUAGGGAGGGCACGGUGUGGGCAGAGUGGCUCUUAUAGAGAGACCCAUUCCCAGAACAAGAAACGAAACUAAACUGAGCAGCCAGAUCCAAUGGGGGAGCAAAGGGCAGUCCAGAACCGUUCCUGAGGCUGGGAUUGCAACGGGACUCCGGUCAGGAGGGGAGCGCUGACGGGCAGGGGCUCCGACCUGCAGCAUUUUCAACACUCAAGAGUUUCCUUGUUUUCACUUCGAAAAGGACCGUUUUUUCAUUUUUCUUCUAAUUAUUAUUAUUAUUAUUAUUAUUAUUAUUAUUAUUAUUAUUAAUAUUUUUUUUUUCUUCAAGAUUUUCAGGAACUCAUUCUGAAGGGGUCGACUUGACAAAAGUCCUUUUAAAAAAAAAAAAAAACAAACAAUACAGAAUUUUUAAGUUGAUGGAAAUGUUAAAAUAAAUCCUUCUCGGAGGCUUUUGCUGUCCGGCUGAACAGCACGUCUCUGUACACGUUUUUAAUAAAGCUUGACUCGUUUGUAUGCCGUUGCUGUAUUUUUACAGAGCAGUUGAGUUUGUUAUUAGUUAUCGGUCAGGGCUGGCUUUGUGUGCCAGUGUAGUAUCUCCGAACAGGACAGCUGUUUCGUUUUUCUUUUUGUACGUCAGAAAAGGUUUUUCAAGGGCAGGUGUUGGUAAACGACUCAUAUUUGAAGGGUAAAAAAAAAACCAACAAUUUUAGCAGCAUUUAAAACUCAUUAUAAGGGGAGAGAAAAGAGAGAAUGUGACCUGGGAGGGAGGGAGAAAACCGGAUCGGAGCGGUUUUUAUCGUCAGAAAUGAACUUUUUUUUACUUUAAAAGUCCGUUGAGUGCUGCGGGGGUUUGAAAGAGGGAAUGAAAAAUAAAGGAUAGGAGGAGAGAAAGUGACAGAAACUAGGAGACGGAUAAAGACUAGACACUCCCCCUCGUGUGUACGUUUUAUUCAGCAGUAUAAGAAUUUAUGAAUGAUAAUAAUUAUCAAUAAUAAAUAAUAACACAUAACAGUAGUCAGAUAUUUAUAAUCUAAAAGAUUCGCUUCUCAGACUUAUAACUGGCGUAUAAUUGAAUAUAUUUUUCAUUUGUGUAUUGAAAACUAUCCUGGAGAGUUACAAAAACACAUUCUCAUUAAUUCAGCAAUAUCAAAAUUUAUAAUAAUAAUAAUAAUAAUAAUAAUAAUAAGAGGAAGAAUUUGUUUUUUUUUAUAUAUAUAAAAUCUGAAAGAUUUCAGCGGUUUCUCUGCAGCGAUGUCACUGAGCGUCAAAACCAUGGUGUCCUGCUUCGAGACGCUUCUUGAACCCCAGUCCUGCGGCUGCUGCCUGUCCAGCACCCCUGGCUCCGCCCACCAGCCAGCCUCGGGCUCCCCGAAAAGAGGGGCCUCCCCCGGACGCCUCAAGAGGAUCGACCCCCAAACCAGAGGCAGGAGCUUCUGCUGGGGAGCAAUCGAGACUGGAAACGAAGGCUGCAAAAAAAGAGAGGAGAGUACUGAUCACAAGAAGAGAGAGGAGAGUACUGAUCACAAGAAGAGAGAGGAGAGUACUGAUCACAAGAAGAGAGAGGAGAGUACUGAUCAGAAGAGAGAGGAGAGUACUGAUCAGAAGAGAGAGGAGAGUACUGAUCACAAGAAGAGAGAGGAGAGUACUGAUCACAAGAAGAGAGAGGAGAGUACUGAUCACAAGAAGAGAGAGGAGAGUAUUGAUCAGAAGAGAGAGGAGAGUACUGAUCAGAAGAGAGAGGAGAGUAUUGAUCAGAAGAGAGAGGAGAGUACUGAUCACAAGAAGAGAGAGGAGAGUACUGAUCACAAGAAGAGAGAGGAGAGUACUGAUCAGAAGAGAGAGGAGAGUAUUGAUCACAAGAAGAGAGAGGAGAGUACUGAUCACAAGAAGAGAGAGGAGAGUAUUGAUCAGAAGAGAGAGGAGAGUACUGAUCACAAGAAGAGAGAGGAGAGUACUGAUCACAAGAAGAGAGAGGAGAGUACUGAUCACAAGAAGAGAGAGGAGAGUACUGAUCAGAAGAGAGAGGAGAGUAUUGAUCAGAAGAGAGAGGAGAGUACUGAUCACAAGAAGAGAGAGGAGAGUACUGAUCACAAGAAGAGAGAGGAGAGUAUUGAUCACAAGAAGAGAGAGGAGAGUAUUGAUCACAAGAAGAGAGAGGAGAGUAUUGAUCACAAGAAGAGAGAGGAGAGUACUGAUCACAAGAAGAGAGAGGAGAGUACUGAUCACAAGAAGAGAGAGGAGAGUAUUGAUCACAAGAAGAGAGAGGAGAGUACUGAUCACAAGAAGAGAGAGGAGAGUACUGAUCACAAGAAGAGAGAGGAGAGUACUGAUCACAAGAAGAGAGAGGAGAGUACUGAUCACAAGAAGAGAGAGGAGAGUAUUGAUCACAAGAAGAGAGAGGAGAGUAUUGAUCACAAGAAGAGAGAGGAGAGUACUGAUCACAAGAAGAGAGAGGAGAGUACUGAUCAGAAGAAGAGAGAGGAGAGUAUUGAUCGCAAGAAGAGAGAGGAGAGUAUUGAUCACAAGAAGAGAGAGGAGAGUAUUGAUCAGAAGAAGAGAGAGGAGAGUAUUGAUCGCAAGAAGAGAGAGGAGAGUACUGAUCAGAAGAAGAGAGAGGAGAGUAUUGAUCACAAGAAGAGAGAGGAGAGUAUUGAUCAGAAGAGAGAGGAGAGUAUUGAUCACAAGAAGAGAGAGGAGAGUAUUGACCACAAGAAGAGAGAGGAGAGUAUUGAUCAGAAGAAGAGAGAGGAGAGUAUUGAUCAGAAGAAGAGAGAGGAGAGUAUUGAUCAGAAGAAGAGAGAGGAGAGUAUUGAUCAGAAGAAGAGAGAGGAGAGUAUUGAUCACAAGAAGAGAGAGGAGAGUACUGAUCAGAAGAGAGAGGAGAGUAUUGAUCACAAGAAGAGAGAGGAGAGUAUUGAUCGCAAGAAGAGAGAGGAGAGUACUGAUCACAAGAAGAGAGAGGAGAGUAUUGAUCACAAGAAGAGAGAGGAGAGUACUGAUCACAAGAAGAGAGAGGAGAGUAUUGAUCACAAGAAGAGAGAGGAGAGUACUGAUCACAAGAAGAGAGAGGAGAGUACUGAUCACAAGAAGAGAGAGGAGAGUAUUGAUCACAAGAAGAGAGAGGAGAGUACUGAUCACAAGAAGAGAGAGGAGAGUAUUGAUCACAAGCAGCCAGGACAAGACCAGGAGCGAAGCAACAAGAAAAGAGAGGCUCGUGGUGUCGACGGGGUGCAAGCAGGGGCCCCCGAAACAGAGGCGAAGAUGGACAGGUUCCUGCGCCUCCGCACACCCCCCGCCACCCCCGGCGGGAUCCUCAAACACGGGGGCACAACGAUGGCAUUCAGCAGGAACAUCGAUACAACCAUCCUGUCCCUUCUGCUCUUCUUCCAGGGUGGUUCUGGUAGCAGCAUGGUUGCCAUUGACAACAAGAUCGAACAAGCCAUGGACCUUGUGAAGAGCCACCUGAUGUUCGCGGUUCGCGAGGAGGUCGAGGUUCUGAAGGAGCAGAUCAAGGAGCUGGCAGAGAGGAACUCUGUCCUGGAGAGAGAGAACAGCCUGCUGAGAGCCAUCGCCUCCCCAGAGCAGCUGAACCAACUGCAGGGAGAGAGAGGAUCCACCAUCGCCUCCCCAGAGCAGCUGAACCAACUGCAGGGAGAGAGAGGAUCCACCAUCGCCUCCUCAGAGCAGCUGAACCAACUGCGAGGAGAGAGAGGAUCCACCAUCGCCUCCCCAGAGCAGCUGAACCAACUGCAGGGAGAGAGAGGAUCCACCAUCGCCUCCCCAGAGCAGCUGAACCAACUGCAGGGAGAGAGAGGAUCCACCAUCGCCUCCCCAGAGCAGCUGAACCAACUGCGGGGAGAGAGAGGAUCCACCAUCGCCUCCCCAGAGCAGCUGAACCAACUGCGGGGAGAGAGAGGAUCCACCAUCGCCUCCCCAGAGCAGCUGAACCAACUGCAGGGAGAGAGAGGAUCCACCAUCGCCUCCCCAGAGCAGCUGAACCAACUGCAGGGAGAGAGAGGAUCCACCAUCGCCUCCCCAGAGCAGCUGAACCAACUGCAGGGAGAGAGAGGAUCCACCAUCGCCUCCCCAGAGCAGCUGAACCAACUGCGGGGAGAGAGAGGAUCCACCAUCGCCUCCCCAGAGCAGCUGAACCAACUGCGGGGAGAGAGAGGAUCCACCAUCGCCUCCCCAGAGCAGCUGAACCAACUGCGGGGAGAGAGAGGAUCCACCAUCGCCUCCCCAGAGCAGCUGAACCAACUGCGGGGAGAGAGAGGAUCCACCAUCGCCUCCUCAGAGCAGCUGAACCAACUGCGGGGAGAGAGAGGAUCCACCAUCGCCUCCCCAGAGCAGCUGAACCAACUGCAGGGAGAGAGAGGAUCCACCAUCGCCUCCCCAGAGCAGCUGAACCAACUGCAGGGAGAGAGGGGGGCCGAGACCCCUAGAGACAGCCCCAAGAGUAACGGGAACACGACCAGUAAUAAUAAUAAUAAUAAUAAUAACAAUAAUAAUAAUCAUAACAUUGACAGUAGCAGCAGCAGCAGCAGCACGGCACCCUUGGUUUGAGACAGACCUCACUACCUUCCUCCCCCCCACCCACCCAAAAUCUACCAACCCUUCCCUUCCUCCCCCCACACACGCACUCCCCCCCCCC